AUGUCGAGGGGAAAGAGGAGAGAGGAGCUGUACGUCACCGUGCCGAACCUCUUUCGGUGCCCGAUCUCCAUGGACAUCCUGCCGUCCACUCGCACCACCCCCAACCUCACCCUCCGCCGCCUCAUCGACCUCUGGCUCACGCACGAUCAGCCGUCCCCGUCCCCGUCCUUGGCCUCGCCCUCGCCGCCAAUUUCGAAGCAGCAGGCGGCCGACCUCAUCAACGCCGGAGGAUUCGAUUCGGAUACGGAUUCCCUCGCCAAAUUGAUCCGGUUUGUGGCUGUUUCAGAGGAGAAUUUGAAAUUCGUUGCUCGAUCGGUUGAUUCAGUGUCGAGAUUCGUUGGGGCUUUUAAGGAGUCCGACGAUAUUCGGAUUCACGAGCUAAUUUUGGAGGUUUUGGAUUUGAUUUCACCGGUGGAUGGAGUGAGGGAGAUGUUGAACCGGCUGAUUUUAAGAACCGGCGACGGAGGGGACUGUCUGUCGGCAUUCUACGCGGUUUUGCAAAGAGGGACAACCGAAUCGAAGGCGAAAUCGGCGAGGAUUUUGGAAUUAAUCGCGGUGGAUCUCGAAUCUCAGCGCAAAAUCGGAGAAAAUACGGAGAUACUACACGAACUAUUCAAUUUGUGCACCGUAGAUACGGAUCCGUCGGCUGUGGAGGCCGGCUUUUCCGCUCUACUAGCGAUCUCGACCACCAGGCCGGUGAAGAAGGAGCUGAUCCGGCUCGGCAUAGUCCGAACCUUUUCCGGCGCCGCGACGGAACACGGGGUGGCGGUGUUGUGGAGCGUGUGCUGCCUGGCGCGGGACCCGUCGGCGCAGGAGAGAGCGGCGUCAGUCAACGGUUUGACCAAAGUACUACUGGUGAUGCAGAGCGGUUGUAGCUCGGGGACGAGGCAGAUGUGCGUGGAAUUGGUGAAGGUGCUGAGGACGAAAGGUGGGAGGUCUAAUCUGGCGCCGUACGAGACAAGGACCACUCACAUUGCGCCUUAUUAA